GCCGCCGAAGUGAGAGCACGUUCGUUCCGUGUGCCGUCUCGCGCUGAGAGCCUUCCCUGUGCGGAGUCUGCUAGUUACGUAAACCGUGUGAGUGUGCGGCGCGACGCAAGUGCUGUGUGUGAGUGAGUGCGCGAGGCAGCGAUGUCAACGCGAUAGGCCGACGGCUCGUUCGUGCGUUGGACGUCCCGCUACUCCAUGCCUUGGAUUACCUUCUCUUCACGGCGUCGACGGCGUCCUGAGGCGUCAUCGUAGGAGAUGAGGCCGUUGGGGCCCCGGCAGGGGUUGGUGCGCGCCCUGCCCGGCCUGCCGGCCCUGCACACCGUGCUGCUGCUGGCCGCCGCGGUGGCCGCCCUGCUGCGAGGGGCGUGUGCGGGGGAGAUGGGCGAGCAGUGCGACUGGAACGGAAGCGGAGUGUCCACGGCCGGCAGGGGCGUGACGCCAGUGUACCUGCGCUGCUCGGCGGGGGCGCUGUCGUGGCGGUGGCCGCGGGGCGCGCUGCGCGUGCUGCUGCGCGUGGGCGCGGCGGGCCGCGACUUCCGCGCGUGCGUGCGGACGCGGGGCAGCGGCGCGCGCCUGUUCCUGGAGGGCCCGCGGUCGCUGGCGCCGCUGUACCCGGGCGGCCCCGGCGGCCGCGCGCGCCGCCAGCUCGACGGCGACGUGGAGGGGCAGCUGGUGGCGCCCGUGCCCGUCAGGUGCUUCUACUCGCGCCACGGCCAGGCCGCCCUGUACGUCGAGGCCAGCGAGCUGGGCGCCCCCGGCGUCGGCGAGCCCCACGAGGAGUUCGGCCUGGAGUACGACCUGGAGCUGCUGCCCCGCGGCGCCAAGUUCGACGAUUCGCAAGACUGCCGACCGUGCACGUCCGACGAGAUGGCGCGAGCCUACUGCACCAGCGAUCUCGUUGCUCGUGGCUACAUCCGCACCGUGGAGAACGACGAGGACCUCGAGGAGUCCCGGGUGAACGUGAAGCUGACCCGGGUGCUGCGGCGGCUCGCCGAGGCCGGCGUGGAGGGCGCGGGGCCGGGGCUGGGGCCCGGGCCGGACGCGGCCUCCAACGGCCUGGACGAGGACGAGGCCGUGUGGGUGCACGGCGACGAGUCCGCCACGCUGAGGAUGCCGCUGCACUGCGGCGCCAAGCCCGGCCCCGGCGAGUACGUCUUCAUGGCCAGGCGGAAGCUGAGCCAGCUCGCGCUCACGUGCGCCGCCAGCCUGGACAACUGGGUGCAGGUGGUGAGCGACGUGAACGCUCAGGGCAGCGCGCACUGCGUGCUGCGGAGCUAGCCUUGCCUGGCCUUGCCGCGCCGGCCGAGGGGAGGCCGUCCUGGUGCCACCAUGGUGCCACCGCGCCCACUCUCAACAUGGCGGCAGCACGGCAGCACCCUAGAGCCUGCGACUCCGAGCCGCCCUAGUCCUUGCCACUAGUCAGUGCACUGCGGCGUGGAAACCCCUCCAGCCAACCCCCAGCUACCCUCAGCCACCCUCAGCAAACUCUUUGAGGACUUCCCCACUGGUCUCUGCAACCAGCCGAACUCCAGACUGAUUGAUGCCUUGUUGCUGUAUCUCUCUCCCUCCCUCCCUCCCUUUUCACUAUUUGCCUUGUGUAUUAAAAAAUGUUGUGUAAAAGCAAUCUAUUAUUAUUUUUACUUUUCUUCAGGAAAACAAACAGAGCUCUGUUGUACUGUAUUGCAGAAGAUACCUUGCAUUGGUGUUGAAUCUGCAUCGGAAGACAUAAAGUGAGAGAGGUGUACAACAGUUUAUUGUUAACGCUGUACACCACAACAUAGUUUUGUAAUUGUAGUAAUAGAUGUACAUUAAUUUUAUUAUUGUGACAGUUGGUCUUCUGUGAUACUUUGGCUUUUGUGCUGGCUGGACUCUUACUUGGCAUCAAAAUGCCUUUGGAAAUCGUCAGUGUUUUCAUCUAGGAGCAAAAAUACAAUUUACAUCUUUACUCUUUUGUGCAGAAAUGUUCGUGAUAAACUCUUGUUAAGUUUUAGGAAUAUAAUGCUGUGGUGACUUUUUAACUAAAGUGUGUUCAGUACAGAAGCCAAUUCAAUUGCUGUAAAUUGUUUAAGAACUGUCAUGUACAGAUGUUUAUUUAACUAAUUUGUUGUGUAAAUUGUAACUAAGCUCAUCCUCCAACGCCCUAUUAAAAUUUACAUAUUGUACAAUUUUUAUUGACAAGUGCCUGUAGAAAUAUUUGUGUGUAGGUCUUUCUGGGACGACAUUUACCAGAUUGUGGUAUCUGUAGUUGUUACCGUAACUAAUGAAUGUGACACUAAAAAUUAAUGUUCUUGUUCAAAUGCACAUCUUUCAGACCAAGAAAUCAAAUGUAUGUGACUAACUUCAAUUAAUAUUUAGUUCUUAACAAAGAAAAAGAAUUCUGUUAGUUUGUGAAUUCAUGGUGCCACAUAUAGUUUGCUGAUGCUGAAAGUUUUGCCUAAGCUAUCUUUUUUUUUAAAUACAGGUAACUUUCAUAGUUGCUCUUGUUUAUAAAAUUUUAAAAAAUUUCAAAGUAUUUUUUAAAGCACCUGCUGUAUUUAUUUAUAAAGUGCUUUGUCCCAUAGGAUUCACAGAUGCUCCUUAACAUUAAAAUUUGUAGUAAUGGGUCUUCUGUAUGUGCCAUCUAUCCAUUCUGUUGCGAAUCAACAGUUGGGUUUUCUUCUUCUCUUUCUGUUAAUUUCUAACUUUGUUGCAUUAAGCAAUUUUGUGGAGAACUUCCCUGUAAUUUAAAAUAAUUUGUUAGGUGCAGAGAUGCGGCAACUGUGUUGUCACUCUCAUCAGAUUUUUAUGUUCUCUCUUUGAGGGAAAUGUGCCAUGUUUAAAGUUAGCUUAGUGAUAAAUUAUUGUACAUAGUGGGCACUUGUGGUGUACAUUUAUUUAAUGGCUAUGGAGGUUGAAUGUAAUUUUAUGAAUGGAUCUCAAAUUUGCAAUAGAGGUAUAAGUCUUGAAAAUUAUAUGAACAAUUUUUCGACUGUUGUUUGUAGUAGUAGGGUAGCCUUUACAUCUGCAAACCCUGAUUUGUUCAUUACAAAUUUUGACGAUUCUUUAUGUUCUGAAAGCACGUUCGCUUUUACUGUGUUACAAAUAAUAAGUGCGAUCCUGUUGAAAAUCGCUGAUAUGUUGUUGAUUUUGUUGAUUGUGAUAAAUUGUUUAAGAAUUGAUAUAGUAAAAAAUAUUAAUAUGAG